AUGGAGCAUAUUGAAGAUUUAAAAUGGCACCGCUUUCCUCCUAAGUGGGCUUCCGGCUUCACACUUGUGGCCAAAGGGAGAUGUGAGUUUGUUCCAACUGAUAACAGACGCAUAUGUUCAAACCAUCUUCCAGAUGGCAAACCCACCAAUAAAAAUCCGAAUCCCAUACUUUAUUUGACAUUAGACGACUACCGACACCCAAGAAAUAUUCAACAUUUUAGUGCCAAGAGCACAACUGAUGAAAUAUGGGAAGGUGUAAAAAGACGUUCCUGUGUAGAGAGAGAGAGAGAAGAACCUAAUCAGCAAAGAAUUGAUACCAUAAUAUUAUCAAAUGUGUAUGCAGAAGGAUCUGUAUUGCCCAUUAACAAACCAGGACCUUAG